CGUGGCGAAGGCGGAACGUAUGACGUAGACAGCCGGACUCGGAGGAGUUUAUUGUUCCUUACCGUCGGACACCGAAUUAGAGGCUGAUAAAGCCUAUAUCUAUUAGUAAUAUAGACAAUUUUCAUCCAUAGUUUUGCAGCGGAGAGAGAGUUACAGUACGAAAGCAAAGUCGGGUAGACACAGUGUCCAGCUGCCAUGGCAUAUGCGUACCUGUUCAAGUACAUCAUUAUUGGGGAUACGGGAGUGGGGAAGUCAUGUUUAUUGUUACAGUUCACAGACAAGAGGUUUCAGCCGGUGCAUGACCUCACUAUUGGUGUAGAAUUUGGGGCGCGAAUGAUCACUAUCGAUGGCAAACAGAUAAAACUCCAAAUUUGGGAUACGGCCGGACAGGAGUCCUUCCGAUCCAUCACCAGGUCCUACUACAGAGGGGCGGCCGGGGCGCUGUUAGUGUAUGACAUCACAAGAAGGGACACCUUCAACCACUUGACGACCUGGUUAGAAGAUGCACGCCAACAUUCCAACUCCAAUAUGGUCAUCAUGCUCAUUGGAAACAAGAGUGACCUGGAAUCACGGCGUGAGGUGAAGAAAGAGGAAGGGGAGGCCUUUGCCAGAGAACACGGUCUCAUCUUUAUGGAAACCUCCGCUAAGACGGCGUCAAACGUGGAAGAGGCAUUCAUCAACACAGCCAAGGAGAUCUAUGAGAAGAUUCAGGAAGGGGUCUUUGACAUAAACAAUGAGGCGAACGGCAUUAAAAUAGGACCCCAGCAUGCUGCAACCAACGCCACACUUUCAGGGAGCCAGGGAGGACAGCAGGCCGGAGGGGGCUGCUGCUGAGGCCUGCGCUUUUCUAUCUGACUGGUUGGGCGUACUAACCCUUUCUUACCCUCCCCACGCCUGCCCAACCCCUCAUUUCCACUCAUUUACUAGAUGGCUGUCCGUCAAGAGCAAAAGCAGAGUCCUUCACAAACCCUGUUAAACUUUUGAAGUCUUUCUGGGCUCCAGCAGAAAUGGUUAACUUUCACCUAAAUGACAAGAUUUUGAGGAUCAUGUUGAGAUUUUUAUUUUUAUUUUUUUCUUUCCCCAGUCAUUGUGUUUCUUGAUUUUUUUUUUUCUGUGUCCUUUUGGCUUCAACAUUGUAUUGUAUUAAACACUACAAGAUCGGCUAAGUAUUUUAAUGAGUUCAUGUGGACAGAGUUCCAGGCUAUUUCGGUUACCUGAAGUAACAGGCAUGUAGGACCGUCAGCCCGCCAUUUUCAAAGUGAAGGAGUGAAGAAGAGAAGGACUGUUUUAAUUCUGUAUUUAUCAUUCACGGUUUUUGUAUAUAUAGUUAUGAUUUCUUGCUUUAGUGUAUCUUGACCAAGUUACAACACUUUAUUGAAUUAGCUGAAAUUCUAUACUGUACGAUUUAGCGCUAUGAACUGCGACAGUAUUGUUAUUCCUGCUUUGACACCUUUUUAAUCCUGUAGACUCUUUCCUGCCAUCUCCCUCCAGUAACCUUGAGCUGCUCAGUGUAUAGCAGCAUUGGCUCAAUAUUCUUCUAAUUUAAUGCCAAAUUAUGUGCUCUAUAACCACAUCUCCAGAAACGGAUCACCCACUCUCUUGAAAUGGAUCAGCUGUUUGCCUUAAAAAAAAAAAAAUCUGAUAUUUUUUAGUGGUAAAGCAAAAAGGUUAGUGCAUUUUUCUGUCUCAAAAGAUUCAUGCUAGAAUAAUAUAUUAUAAUAUACCAUUGUUUCUUAUCAAAAUUUAUUUUUCAGAUUAACCUGCAACAGAAUUUUUGUGCAGAUCAUUAUUAAACUUUAGAUGUCUUUGUGGUUGUGUAAAGAUUUGCUUUAUUUGGCAGUGUAUUCUGUUUAUGGAUAUAUGGUGAACAACUUGUCUAUUGUGAAAAGGGUGAUAAAAGCCAAACCUGGAAUAUCUAUGUGACCCUCAACUUAUUUGCUGUGGUGGUUCUUCUUAAAAUGAUUGUUAUGACAGUAAAAAAAAAAAAAAAAAAAAAUGUUACAACAAUAAAAAGAUAUAAUAAUCCAUGUGGUUUAACAAUCUAGAGAACUCAUUUUCUGACUGUGGGGAAAAAAUUAUAGUGGUCACCUUUAUGUCUAUUUUAUUUUGCAUUUCAUUAAUCAUCUCUAAUCAUUUUCUUCAUAUAAAUCUUCAUCCCCAAGCUUAUGUGCUGUGUUCAUUAUCCAGACAUCUGUAUAAAUAAAAUCCCUUCUGUCUUGGAUUCAGAUGUAAGAACAUGGCAGUGUGAAGUCAAUUAAGUGAAAAAUGCUUGAUUUAAUCAUGCUUGACGUUGAGAUUAAAGUACAGGUCUUUUGUUGAAACCAUGACUGUAGUAUACUAUCUAAUAUCUCCCUUCCUAAUGUAAAAUGUCUUUUAAAACAUUAUUAGCAGUAUUUGAUGCCUUUUUCAGACAGAAGAAUGCCGAUCUCAGUGUGUACACUGCCGAGCAGCUGAAAUAAAAGAUAUCUUGUGCAAA